UAAACUUUCAGUAUAACAUUUUGUUUCAUUUUUACCGUAUGCAAUUUUUAUGAAUUUAGUUAAAAUUAUUUGUUGGUUUAAUUCUUAAGAAAUCUUAUAAAAUGAAUUUUUUUUCAAUAAUUUGGUGUUUAAUUGGAGGUGCAUCUGCUUGGAACUUGGCCACAUUCGAUGAUAGUGGUCUUCAAUUUGCCACCAACAACAACGACUAUGAGAUUGUGCACGUUUCUUUGUUCUAUGUUCGAUCAUUUUUGACCAUUCGAAAUCUUUCAAACUCGUCAAAUCAUCAUAUAACAUUAAUUGAAUCAACUUGGCCGGAAAAUUUGCUUCCAAUUCAAUCUCGAAUUUUUCCAAAUGAGUUAUCUCAUGCAAAACAUAAAUCGGAUUGCAAUGGAAUUGUGAAGACAAUCCAAACAGCUGUCGAUCGAACAGAUGGGCAUUUGUGGCUACUUGAUAACGGAUCCCAGUACUGUACACCAAAAUUAAUUGUAUUUGAUUUAUUGAGAUCAAAUAUUGAGAUACAUCGUUAUUUGUUUACCGAUCUUAAAAAUGAUGCUCUGAAAUCAAUUCAGCUGUAUAUAAAAGAUGAUAUGGAUGCAAACAAUAAUGCCAUUGUCAAAAGAAGUUCAACUGCAACAACAUAUGCUUUAAUUUUGAUUCACCAAUCAAAGUUUCUCAUUCAAUAUUCUCUCUCGGACAACCGUCCAAAGAAAUUAUUUUUGAUCAUUCCAUUACAAAGUGGAGCAUAUGAUAUACUAAUUGCUGCAGAAAUAACUAUAAAAAAUAAUGAUGAGUUAGUAGUAAAGGACUACAACAAUAAUUUGUGGAUUGCAAAAUUGAACGAAAUAAAGUACAGCAGUAUUCAAUCGAAGAAUAUUGAUCUAUUUGUUGAAGUUAAAUUUCUGGGACCGUUACUAGGAUCCGCCAAUGCUCUAGCCAUACCGCAAAUGGUUGAUGACAUUGAUCAAUACAUGUAUUAUUAUUUACCACGUGAUGGAGCUGUUGUUAGGUGGAAUUUUCGGUUUCCAGGCGAGAUUCGAGCCGAAGGACACGAGGUUUUGUACUUAACGAAAUCAUCUAUAGUUCAAAUUGUUUUUGGCGCAAAAGCAUCAUCUGUUUGGAUCGUUCAUGCUCAUGCGGAUGAAAUUGGAGAUCAUUGUCGUCGCAUUCUAAAUUUUCGAACAUUGAAUGGAUCUCGACGUCUUUUUUCAUAAAAAUUCUAUUUUUAUUUGUUAUGUUAAUUUUCGACAGUUUUACUAAAUAUGAUGUUUCUCGAAAA